AUGCUGCCUUUCCUUCAGGGGGAGUGUGCAAACCCAUGGGUGUCCUCCUCCUCCCCCUCCUCCCAAUACCUGAUCCAGUCCUUUUUGGGGGAGGGCACCUUUGGGAAAGUAGUAAAGUGCUUAAAGAUGGCCACCAACAGGACGGUGGCUAUAGAGAUAAUGGAAGAGCUCAGAGCGUUUGACUCCGACAGGUUUAACUUUGUGACGUUCAACGAUGUGUUUGUGUACGGCGAACACGUCUGUCUGGAGUUGGAGAUCCUGGACAUGAGUCUGUUUGAGUUCCUCUAUCAGAAGCCUCACCGCUCGCUGGAGCUGGACGAAAUCCGCCCCAUCCUGUACCAGGUUUCCGUAACGCUGCAGCUGCUCCAGAGUCUGGGAGUCGUGCACACGGACCUGAAGCCGGAGAACAUCAUGCUGCUGGACCACGGGAAGCAGCCGUGGAGAAUCAAGGUCAUCGACUUCGGCGUGGCGUGUCACGUCGCUAAGUCUGAGCUGGGCGACUACAUGCAGACACGACAUUACAGGUCUCCGGAGAUUAUCCUAGGAUUCCCCAUAACGUCAGCCAUCGACAUGUGGUCUCUGGGCUGCAUCGCCGCAGAGCUGUUCACGGGCGCUGUGCUGUACCCUGGAGACACCGAGCACGAAAUGCUGCGACAUAUAGUGCAGACUCAGGGUCAUCCUCCGGCUCGUCUCAUGUACAGAGGCGUCAAAACGCGUUGGUUUUUCCAUUAUAGAAAGAAGGACAGGAGACGUCGUUGGAGAUUGAAGAACGUUCAGCAGUCUGGAGAAACCAACACAAGCGCCGGACAAUUCAACUCGCUGAAUGAUAUAAUAAUGUUAAAACCCCCCCGCCACCUGUUGGACGAAGACACCGCGGCAGAAACUGAAGACCGGCAGGAGUUCCUGGAUCUGCUGAAGAAGACGCUUCACCUGGACAUCGAUCGGAGGAUUUCCCCCAGCGAGCUUCUUCAGCAUCCCUUCAUCACCUUGAACCACCUCGCUCAAAACCACCAGAACAGCUUCUACGUGAAAUCCAGCUGUGAAAAGAUGGAGGUCUGCCUGGAUCAGAGUGAGGGCUUUGACGGGGGUCAGAUGAACCUGUCGCCCUCCAUCAGCGGAGCAGAGGGCCCCCCCGCCUGGUUCAGGACCCAAGAACACCCCCUCAUCCUGGGCAUCUCGUCCCAGCUAUCGGACAGCCUCUCCAUAAACGAUGAAGAGAGUCAACAACAACAACAACAACAACAACCCCCUCCUCAAUCGCCUGUUGCUGUAAAGCCUGUGUCCCCGCCACUGCAGGUUAGCACUGCGGCUCCACCCUGCCAACAAGAGAGAACCGGGAGGAAGGCGCUGAGGAAAUCAUCGAGGAGAAAACCCCGCGGUGACGACAGCAACCCGGAGAGAGACAGACCAUCGAGCGAGAGCAGGAACACAGAAAUCAUCCAGACACCAAAAAAGCCUACGAUCCGUGUGGCCGAAAUAAAACCGGGGAGAAAGCGGACGUGGGACACUUUUGUAGCCUCUGGAUUAAGAAAGCGAGUCAAGGGCUCACCGGAGAGCAAGAAAAUCAAAAGGGAUGAUUCUGAGGCCGAAAGAAAACGCGGGAGAAAGCGGACGUGGGAUACUUUCUUAGCGUCCCACAUCGAGUCAAAAAAGCGAGUCAAGGAUUCACCGGAGAGAAGGAAAAGGGAUGAUUCUGAGGCCGAAAGAAAACGCGGGAGAAAGCGGACGUGGAACACUUUUGUAGCCUCUGGAUUAAGAAAGCGAGUCAAGGGCUCACCGGAGAGCAAGAAAAUCAAAAGGGAUGAUUCUGAGGCCGAAAGAAAACGCGGGAGAAAGCGGACGUGGGACACUUUCUUAGCGUCCCACAUCGAGUCAAAAAAGCGAGUCAAGGAUUCACCGGAGAGAAAGAAAAGGAAAAGGGAUGAUUCUGAGGCCGAAAGAAAACGCGGGAGAAAGCGGACGUGGGAUACUUUCUUAGCGUCCCACAUCGAGUCAAAAAAGCAAAUCAAUUCCUCACCGGAGAGGAAGAAAAGGAAGCUUGAUGAUUCUGAAGAAGCGGAAAGAAAACCCGGGAGAAAGCGGAUGUGGGACACUUUCUUAGCGUCCCACAUCGAGUCAAAAAAGCGAGUCAAGGAUUCACCGGAGAGAAAGAAAAGGAAAAGGGAUGAUUCUGAGGCCGAAAGAAAACGCGGGAGAAAGCGGACGUGGGACACUUUUGUAGCCUCUGGAUUAAGAAAGCAAAUCAAUUCCUCACCGGAGAGGAAGAAAAGGAAGCUUGAUGAUUCUGAAGAAGCGGAAAGAAAACCCGGGAGAAAGCGGACGUGGGACACUUUCUUAGCGUCCCACAUCGAGUCAAAAAAUGAACGCAGCGGCUCUCCGGAGAGGAAGAAGAGGAACACGAGCCUGGAAGAGGAGGAGACAAACACACAAGGCUCGUCUGUGAGCACCAGGAAGAGAAAGCGACGCCCUGGGGAUCCUCCAGAGGGGGAGGAGGAGCCCAGGUGUGUCAAGAGAGGGAGAUAUUAAAGGGGGAGAGCGCCAAGUCCGAUGGGGUUGAGCGCCAAA